GCAGUCGCACUGUAUGGUUGCGACUCACUCUCGCGAUAGUUUGAUGUCAUUAACAGAUCUGUUUGCGUAUACGCAUACUUUCAGUUUUCCUACAAAUAUAAUUUUAGGAAUAUUACGUAAAAUAUUCAUUAUUUAUAUCGGGACACCAUGAUCAUCGGCUGCAUGUGUUCUAGAGUUAAUCACAAACUCUGGAUUCAACCCUGGAGUUGACAGAAGGUUUAUAUCGGGCUUUAGGAGACUGCUGAACCUGAUCUAAACCAGGUUGGAUUUGUUGGUUUUGUCAACUCUAAACCUACUCUGAAACUGCUUGUUCAGCUGGCUUCAUGCUACAAGGAGAGAACUAUGAAACGAUCAAAGUUUCAUCUUAGACGUAGAUACUGCUUCAUCUGUGCAUUUUUAGUGCUGAUAAACAAAGUCUUUCUGCAGGACACAGUCGAGGGGUUUAUUGGUGGUUCUGUUGUCUUGCCGUGUUCUUCAGAUGAACAUGAUCUUAAACUUCAAGAUAUUAAUGUGCUUUGGAGAGACAAAGGCAGCGAGACUGUUUAUGAUAUAAUUAGCGGUAAAGAUUCAGUAGAGCGACAGAACUCACGGUACAAGAACAGAGCUGAAACUUUCCCAGAGGAGUAUGAGAGAAGAAACUUCUCCAUCAAACUCAUCAAUCUCACUCACGCUGAUGAAGGAGAGUUUAGCUGCUUCAUCACUCACUCAUCUUAUUCUAAACAGGAGAUUGUAUGGCUGUUCAUUAACGAUUCAGCUGCAGUCGCUAGUACAGAAUCUCCUCAACAAGAAAACCAUGAACUACAGUAGGAACAAUAUCAAUAGUGAUCUGUGUUUGCAUUAUCAUUCUAUUAAUUUCCAUGUCUGUAGUCUAUUUCAUUAAUCACAGGAAAAGAACUCAAACCCAAUAUAGAGAAGCACCUGUGGUAAACUGAAGGGCCUGUUGCACACUGUAUACGUCAGCAGCCUGUAUUUUCCAGGACAUGAUAACAAAUGAGUGAUCACAUCAGAAGCAGAGUGGCAUGCCAUGCUCAAUCACAUUUUCUGCUGCAGAUCCUCUCUCUUGAUAUACUUUUGCUGAAAACAAUUUGCUCUGUUUGUUCUUAUCGUAUAACAGAAUGAGAUCUUGAAACUCUGAAACAGGAACAUUUUGCUGUCAAAUAUGUUUCUGCCUUAACAGUUCAUAUGUUUUUUGGAAGGAAUAAAUGUAUUUUGUAUUCUUUAUGUAUUUCUUGCAAGUAAACAGUAAAAAUACACAUAUACCAAACUUCA